CCAACUGAUUCAAGGAUGUUAUGGCUGCAAUUUUAAAGUUUGGAACGGUGCUGGUCAGCCGGCAAAUUAUUCCGAAAGGUCCGACAAGUACUCAUCGAAUUGUUACAAUGUCUCAAUUGUUGGACCAAGUGACAGAUGUGGACAUUGACGGUCAUGGAAGAUUUAAAUACAUCUUGAUCAAUGUGAAAGAUAAAACCAACGAUGUUAGUAAGCCAAUUGUCAGAGGAUAUACAAGAGCGCAGUGGCAUGCUGAUAUAUUCGACGAAGUGGACGAUCAGAUAAAAAAGUUCAGAGGCUUACAGGCGAACUGCGUAGGCGGUGGAAGAAUCGAACACCAUCCCGAUGAGAAGACGAUCAAAGUUUACGGAUACUCGCAAGGUUUCGGCAAAGCUGAUCAUCAGGUGUCGGUUGAGGUACUGAAGAAAAAAUAUCCCGACUACAACAUCACGUGCUCAGAUGAGGGCUAUUAAUCAGAUUAAUCGUGAUGAUAACGAGGACGUUCUUUUAAUUUAACAAAUAAGCGAUCGCAUAUGAUAAUCCCCUGCUUUGUACAUUGAUUAAUAAAAAUGUAAUUGCGCAUCGGAAUGAAGGCAAAGGCGUUUCAAUCUGCCACAUGACUUGUGAAAUAAAUUAUUUAAGAGUGUGAAGAAGCAAACGAAA